UCGUACUCCUUUGUCUCACAGUCGUCCAUUCUUCACAAGUGAUUUAACUAACUUAAAGUCAAAAUGGGAGGAGGACCAUCAUUGUUGAACCGUCAGGACAUCCACGUGGUUAUUGUUGGGGGCGGCUAUGGCGGAGUUCAACUAGCCAAAAACCUGACCGACAAGGCGAAGUACACACUCAUCGACCCUAAAGAGAUGAUGCACCAUAACCUGGCCGCUCUGAGGGCCGUCACGGAGUCUGGCUUUGCACCGAAGACGUUCAUACCGUACGGCCCGACAUUCGGUAACAACUUCAAACAGGGAGCGGUGACAAAGAUCAACCCUACCGAACAGAACGUCACCCUGUCCACCGGUGAGAACGUGGGGUACAGUCACCUGGUCAUAGCUACCGGGGCCACGGGGCCGUUUCCCGGGAAACUCUUCGGUAUUACCUCGAUGUCGGAGGCCUUGGCAAGAAGUAAACAUCUCUUACAACAGGUGCAGUUGGCAAAGAAGGUUGUGAUUGUUGGGGGAGGAGCCGUCGGUACAGAACUGGCCGCGGAGAUAGCUACAGACUACAAGGACAAGCAGAUUAGUCUGAUCCACCCCCGUGACAAGUUGGUAGAUCCGAACACCUCAGACGACUUCCAGAAAACCGUCAAAGACAAAGUCACCAAAAUGGGAGUGACUCUUCUUCUGGGUGAAAGAGUGACGAACCUGGAUAAACUACCGAAGGAGACUGUACAGGAAACCACGGUGGUGACCAACAAAGGCUCGCACAUCGAGGCUGACCUGGUCAUCCCUUGUACCGGUCUCAGGGUCAACAGUUCAGCCUACAGGGACAGUCUACCUUCAAGUAUGGAGAAAAACGGUGCGCUGAAAGUCAACGGGUACUUCGAAGUGGAGGGAACCAAAAACAUCUACGCCAUCGGCGACUGUACCAACAUCCCGGAGACCAAGCUGGCGUACAACGCAGGCAUACAUGCCGACCUACUGGCUAAAAACAUCCUUGCACAGGAGACCGGGGGGAAGAGGAAGGAAUACAAACCAGGUAUGUACAUGAUGUCACAGACGCCACGAGGUCAAUAAAGAUUCGGUCGAAAA